CUGUCGGAUCCGAGCAUCUCCCCAAAAGCCCCGAAGUGAAAAAGUUUGGAUUCAGAAAGCUUAUCCUGUCCUCUCCUUUUUUGGUUUGGUUGAUGAAUCGGCUCAUUCUUUCGGUUAUCUUGGCUUACAGUCAGUCACCACCGUCACUGCAGUCUUGAAAGCUAGCGCGCUUUGAUGUCUAGAGUCACUCACACGGCACGACGGGAACCGACCGGCGAAGCCAAAGCUAAUUCCGCCGAGACUUCGCAUUGAUCUCCCGGGAUAACUUCUCCUUUAGCCACGCUGCCUCAAUCCUCCACUGUGGUUACAGUCGGCUAUUCUUGGAGUUGAGUUUAUCAUCUCGAAUCUGUUUAUUUAUUUUCAUCCGAGAACCACCCGCAAUGGGUCGCACGUUACCAAACCCCGUGCCUUGUAAAGUCUGCGGAGAUAAGAGUUACGGCAAACACUACGGCGUGUAUUGCUGCGAUGGUUGUAGCUGCUUCUUCAAGCGGAGUAUACGACGCAACAUGCGGUAUACCUGCAUCGGCAAGGGAAACUGUCUGGUGGACAAGGCGCGCAGAAACUGGUGCCCCUAUUGCCGACUUAAGAAAUGCUUCGCCGUCAACAUGAACAAGAAUGCGGUGCAAGAGGAGCGGGGACCCAGAAAGAAAAAGCCACAACCCAAGCCGGAUGCAGGUGGAUCCACCAGCGACUUAUGUUGUCAGGGUGCGGGCAGCGUCAGCCACUCCCGUGCGCUAGCCGCAGCGGCAGCCAAGUCCAACCCUAAGCCGUCCUUUCGACCUUUCCAACCAUGGACCAGCAAAUCGGCGGGCUGGCGGGAGCAUUCGGCGGCCGUGGCUACCGCCGCUGCCGCCCAUGCUGCCGGCGGGUCGGGCAGCGCAUUCCGUGUGGUGGCGGUAAGGAGUGGGCUGUUUCCCGGCGGGGUUCCACCUCACCUGUCGCCCACCCUACCGUUCGACGGAGCUGCCGACAGGGUGUUAGUGCCAACUUUACCGUCACAGUUUGCCGGGUUGAGGAUGGAGGACAGAGCAGCUCUUCUGGCCAAGCGGUCCUCGGAUCGGCCCCCGUUUCCCUGGGCAAAUCGACCGGCUGGUACGGCUCCUAUCCUUACCAUUCCCGCUCCACCUUCACCCAGUACAUCCAUCGAGGAGAUAGCAACGCAUAUCCUUGUCCAUGCCGUACGCACGUCCCGCUCCGUACAGCCCUUCCAGGCCCUCGACACGUGGGACCAGAUCUCUGUGUUGCAGGAUUGUUGGAACGAGCUGUUUCUCCUACACGCCGCCUACUGGCCAGGGGUGGAUUUCUGUGCCCUGCUUAGUCAUUCCAACCUCCGAUCGGAGAGUGCAGGAGGUGGGCUACCCAGCACCUCAAACGACUCUUCGGUGACCAUACGACAGAGGAAUGAAAUCAUCGACGAUAUUCAGGAGAUAACGGUCCGGCUCAGAACCUUGAAUCUAAGCUCCUACGAGUUCGCCUCCUUGGAAGCCAUCGUCCUCUUCAAGCCGGAUACCACAAAGACACUACGCGAGAAGAGCAAAGUGGAGUUUUUCCGCGACCAGGCGCAGGUCGUUCUCGCGCAGUACGAGAACGUGGUGCACCCCGAGAGUCCGGCGAGAUUUGGCAAGCUGCUGCUGACGAUGCCGUCCCUCAAGCGUGUGACGGGGGAGGACCUUGAGGAGCUGUUCUUCCGUCGGACUCUGGGAAACGUCCAGAUUGACAAGAUCUUGGACCGUGUUUAGAUCUCGGGGUCUCCU